AUGUCGAAGCGCACAACUUUCACGACUAUCACUCCCCUCCCAGCAGGGGUAUCGCGAGAAACAGCAAUGGCAACCCUCCAUGAUCAUCUCGAGAUGAUUGAUUUAAAUCCUGCGCACACCGAUCGCCAUCAAAUAUCACCACCGGCCGAGGCGUCACCCGAAGAAUACCAUUGCACCUGGUACAAAAUCACCGAUGCUAUCUCCUAUUUCCCCGGCUAUAAAGGAAAGGUCUCCUUUAACGCAUGCUUCCACGAUCUCUCGAACGGGUUACAGACACAUGUGUAUGCGCCCAUGGGUUUAGAUAUCAAAGAGAAAUGGACACUAGGAGGAAACGAACCGCAUGAGCCCAUACAACCCGUCGAACUCGGAAUCGGCGCGCCUAUAUCAGGGCUUUAUAUUCGAGAAGACGUGGAAAUGAAGUGCAAUUUCCUCAUGACAAGAUUCGUACGGAAGACGUUGAAAGAUUGUCUUGCGACACUGGUAGCGAGGCUGCUAGUCAAGGCGCAGUUGCAAGAGGCCGCAGAGAAAAACCGAAGGUUGACAUAUACCACGAAUCAGUCGUUUUCUCCUCCGAAUUCCCCUCCUGCUCCUUUAUCGCCGCCUAUGUCGCCGCCGCCAAUGGUACAUCAACAUCUUGCUCCCAAGCAAUAUGGCACUCCCCCUGUGUCCCCACCCCUAUCACCGCCGGUCUCAGGGACCUUUCCUCCACAUCAGUAUAAUCCUGCGGACUACGCUCCUACGGCACCGCAUUGCCCUCCACAUUGGUCCGAGCAACGCUCACAUAUCGCUCCUACACAGGGACAACGUCCAACUUAUGCACCACAGUAUGAUGAGAAACCGAAGUAUAACGAGAUGGAUGCCGGACAGACAACUGGACCUCCGGCAGAGCUCCCGUAA